CAUUUAUUGUAGUGACCAGUUAUAGUAUGGCACCUCUACAUCCUUAAAGUUAAAACAUGAAUGGUGUUGAAGACAACAACAACACUCCUAUUCUAGAGGUUGAUAUAGAAGAGGUGAGAAGUACAAGUAUAAGCGAGUCAUCCUCCAGCAAUGAACCUCGUAUACGGCACGACAGUACCGUAAGAUCUAGACAUGACAGUAACCAAGAGCAGAGCACGUCAAGUAGUGUUCACAGCUUUGAGCACCCUGAACCAGAAGCACUCUCUCCUAUAUCUAUAACUAAUGGCAGGAAACAUCACAGGCGCAAUCUCUCCAAUCUAACAACUGGAUCAGGAAGAAGUGGUUCAAUGGACUCGGUCUCACUGGGCAACUCUAGUCUCGACUAUAACACCCACUUCACAGAGCUUCCAAGUCCGAUAGACACUUCAACCCUGGAAGAUAUUUCACUCCAUGACGAAGAUGACUCAGAAGACACGGACCCAAAGAAAAAACAAAACUCCACAACCAGCAAAAUGUCAUUGCUUGCCAGGAAGCUGUUCAAGCGCUCAGAGCCAGUAGUGUUGACCACCAAUCUCAUCUUUGAAAACAGACCUAGCAACCUGCCCGCCAAGAAUCCGGAAGAGGAACAAGCUCAGAGGAAAGCGUACGAGGAAAUGGUAGCUUGUGCUAAACGCAAAGAGGUUGCAGAACUAAAGAAGAAACAAAGAGCUGCAGAGGAACGUAAGAAAUACGAAGAAUCCGUCGCAUCGUGCACUAAUGUAUGGCUGAAGGAGAUCUUACCCGAGUGGCAUCUUGUAAACCACACUAAACGUGUCCACAACCUCUGGUGGCGAGGCCUGCCUCCCAAAGUUAGGGGCACUAUUUGGAAACUAGCCGUCGGGAACGAACUCCAACUCACUAAAAGUCUGUAUUACAUCAUGGUCGACAGAGCACAGGACACAUUAAAGUGUUGUAAAGAUAGUACUCGUAUCCAAGAUGAAACAAUGGAAAACGUCAGAGAUAUCAGACUUGACGUGUUGCGAACAUUUCCAAGUCUUUGUAUAUUUCAAGAGAAUGGCCCAUACCAUGAACAGUUGCUCAAUGUACUGGGCGCGUACGCGAGUUAUCGACCUGACGUGGGGUAUGUUCAGGGGAUGUCAUUCCUUACAGCGGUAUUGCUGCUGAACAUGGACCCUGCUGACGCUUUUAUUUUACUUAGUAACCUCCUCCAUCAGCCUUGUCAGCGAGCCUUCUUCCGUAUGGAUGCUGAUAUGAUGUUCGUUUAUUUUGAUGUGUUUAAUCUGUUCUUCGAGGAAGCUCUGCCUCCCCUCUUCAAUUUCUUCACCCACCUCCAACUUACUCCCGACCUUUAUCUUAUCGGAUGGGUUUUCACACUGUUCAGUAAAUCCUUGCCUCUUGAUGUUGUUUCUCGUAUAUGGGAUGUCUACUUCAGAGACGGCGAUUCCUUCCUCUUCGCUGCUGCAUUAGGUAUCUUACGGAUGUACAUGCCGCAACUACUCCAUAUGGAAUUUGAAGUAAUACUACAGUUCCUACGCAAAUUACCAGAGGAUAUGAACGCAGACGUCCUGUUCGAGCACAUCAAAGCUGUGGGACUGACACCUCGCAAGUUCCAACAUACCAUGGUUGAGCUUGUAGAUAUGAACAAUGUGGAGAGGAGAAAGAAGAACGCGGCUAUUCCCGCCACGAACUGAACUUUAGGUAUGAGCCGCUACAAGGCGAGCUGUUCAACAUGAGAAGUUUGAGUCUAGGAUGAUUAGUUUGAUAUGAAGAUAGAAGAAAAUAUGUUCUCUCCACGCUCAAAUCCGUUGAUUCUGUGUUUGUGGGCAGCCAUUUUCUGGUAGUUUACAAGAAUAUUGCCAGCCAUUGGGACCGGAUUUGUUGAUGACCGUUUCACCCUUUUGUAAAUAUUAAAAUAUAGAUUAUGCCGACCCGCAUUAUAAUACACAGUUUCAACUCUCAAGAUCUUAAAACCGCUCAUACUACACUGUAAUAUGGUUCGGUUAUUAUUAGAUUUAUCCACACUUCUUGCAACAACUGAGUGACUUGAUCUUUCUUUAUGUUUUACGUAUCGGCCAUCAUUGUUCUGUGUUUAAAACCCAUACCAUUAAAAAAACCAUAUAUUAUCAACUCUUGUUAAAUAAAUAAAGUAUAAGAUUGAUUCAGAGAAUUAUGUUUUGUGAAAUGACAGAAAACUUUUAUGGGUACGGUUUGAUAUUUGCAUGAAACGAUCCAAUAAAUGUUUGAAUUUCUAAUUAGAAUCCAGAUUUAGGGAGGGUUUCCAUUUUAUGUCAGCACCUUAGGUAGGAGCGAGGGAGGGUGGUUUCGACGCGAAUGUUCUUUUCGCACGAUAGCCAUAGUAAAAUAGGAGGGAAAGGGAGGGUGUGAAAAUGGCCAAAUAUUGCUGACCUAAAAUGUGAAACGUCUCUUAGUGUUUUGGUAACAUUUUUCAAAUUUGCAUCAGCUAUUCAAUAUUCAUAAGUUAUAAUCAUCAAUUUGAAAUCAUUACAUUGAAGCCACGUAUUACGACUGUUAUGAGAAUAGUCGUUUCCAGAAUAUUUUAAAACUUUGAUUGUGAUUAAUGUUAAAUAUAUUUCGACAGACUUAGCUCAAUACUUUAGGUUUUAAUGAUAUGGGCUUGACUUCUGCUAAAAACGUAAACAGCAUUAGGUUUGACACGUGACAGCAAUUUGACCAGCCAGCCUAAACAGCUGUAAUAUUUGAGUUGAUGUAACGGGUCAAAGCUAUUGUGCUUCGCCUACCCAGCAGUAGUCCAGUUCAUUAUAGUUGCAAUGGUUUAUGCAUUAUGCGUACAUUAUUAAUUGUUCAUGUGUUGUAGAAUUCGUUCAUUUUAAACUAAAAGUCAGAUUUAACAGCCCUAUAAUCUCGAUAUGAUUAUGUAAAUAUGAUUACACUGUUACUAAUUUUAUUUAUUUUUGUAUACAACC